AUGGCCUCGGACAUGCUUGCUGUGGCUCCCUUCUACCAGGUCCCCACCACCAGCAGGGAGGGGCUAAGGACAGACACACCUGGAAAGCCAGCUGACUCAUCGAAGCCCCUGGUCCCCUCCAACACCAAGCUCACCACCAUUGAGGCCAAAAGGAUCAUGUCCGUCCUGGACGAGGCCAUCUACAAGGUGGAGCUGGUGACCCUGCUGUCACAUGCGGCGUCCAACCCAGAGGACGUGGCGGGCAUCCUGGGGGAGGACAUCAUGAGGGCGGUAGGGCAGCAUGAGACCCACUGCCAGCGACUCCUGGAAGAAGUCAGGUGCCUGCAGGAGAAGGAAAGGCAGCUGCAGGAGGAGGAGGAGAUCGAGGAGGAGGCAUGGCUCCAGGCUCGUCGCCUCUCCAUCCAGAGGCAGAAGUCCAGCCUCCCGCCGCUGAUGCAGCAGGUCAAGGACUCCACCAGGGAUGUCCUGAGACUCCUGCUCCAGAACCCACAAGCCACCAGGCUCCUGCACACUCAGGCGCUGGGCAGAAGUGCAAAGGCCCAGCAUUUUAUUAACAGCCUCAUGGAGCUCCGGGGCUUCCUGUUUGAGAAGCUACUCACCAGCCCCAUGGAAGCUCGGGAUAAGACCCAGUUCAUGCAGGACAUCAGCAGGCGGAACAGAAGGAACCAAGAGGUUAUUGACGCUCUGGAAAACGAGCUGGUGGCAAGGACGAAGAGCAGGAAAGCAGAGGAGGAGUAUGAGGAGCUGGACAUCAUCCACCAGGAGGAGAAGGCCCAGCUGGAGGAGCUGCAGCACAGGCACGACGUGCUGGUGGAGGAGUUUGUGCAGAUCCACGAGGAGCGCGAGAUCAACUCCAAGAAGAGGAUGGAGGAUGAGCAGGAGAUGGUGCGCAUGGUACGUGCCGCCACACUUAUCCAGGCUGUGUGGAAGGGCUACCUGGUGCGCUCCCUGCUGCGGUCCCGGAGGAAGAAGCAGGGCAAGGGCAAGAAGGGCCAGGGCAAGGUGAAGGGCCAGGGCAAGUCCAAGGGCAAGAAAUGA